ACUACAAAUUUAUGGAACGAUUCUUUAAAAGAAAAUUAUCUACGGAUAGUUCUUCUCUGUCUAAUCCGGGUAGUUCAAAUGCAAGACCAAUUGAAGUAGAUGAGAUCUUAGCUAAUCUUCAAGCAGACCCUGGACUAAGAACUCGAAUGGCGGAUUAUAGUCCUAAUAUUCGGGAUGAGAUCCGAAGAGCAUAUCUACAAAAGGGACCUUGUCAACCUAGAAGUUAUAAGUUCCCACAAACUAAUCAAUCAGGAAUUAAUAGACGCUUCAUUGCUCAUUGGUUUGAUGAUCAUGAUUGGUUGGAAUAUAGUAUUGCUAAAGAUGCUGCGUUUUGUCUUCAUUGUUAUCUCUUCAAAUCUAAUUUUGAUCAAGUGGGUGGUGAUGCAUUCACUGGGGUAGGCUUCAAUAAUUGGAAGAAGGCGAAAGAAAGAUUUAACCUUCAUAUUGGACCGGUUGGUAGUGUUCACAACCAAGCUAGAGAAGUUGCUUACAAUUUGAUGCAUCAAACUACACACAUUGAAACAAUUGUGAUCAAGCAAACAAGCCAAGCUCGCACGACUUAUCGCACUUGCUUGAAUGCAUCACUUAAGUGCACUAGGUAUUUGUUGUGGCAAGGGUUUUCUUUUCGUGGUCAUGAUGAAAGUGCACAAUCAAGUAAUAAAGGGAAUUAUUUAGAGCUCUUGCAAUUUCUUGCGGAUCAUGAUGAAAAAGUUAAGGCCGUUGUGUUGGAAAAUGCUCCAGGAAAUUUAAAGUUAAUAGCUCCUUCAAUUCAAAAAGAUCUUGUCAAUUCUUGUGCCAAAGAAACCAUUGAUCUUAUCUUGAGUGAUGUAAAAGAUAUAUAUUUUUCAAUAAUGGUGGAUGAAGCACGUGAUGUUUCAAUAAAGGAGCAAAUGGCGAUGGUGUUGCGUUAUGUGAAUGACAAAGGACAAAUAAUUGAAAGGUUUGUGGGGGUUCAACAUGUAACCGACACUACUUCAAGUGCACUAAAGGAAGCAAUUGAUGAAUUCUUUUCUUCCGCGAAUUUGAGCUUUUCCAAGCUACGAGGACAAGGUUAUGAUGGAGCUAGCAAUAUGAGAGGUGAGUUCAAUGGCCUUAAGACAAAGAUUUUGAGAGAACAACCUUGUGCAUUUUAUGUUCAUUGCUUUGCUCAUCAACUUCAACUAGCUCUUGUUGCGGUAGCAAAGAAAAACAUUGAUGUCAACUCUUUUUUCACAACGGCUAAUAGUUUGGUUAAUGUUGUUGGAGCAUCUUGUAAGCGUCGCGAUGCACUUAGAGCACAAUACCAAGAAGAGCUUGUGAGAGCUUUUGAAGAUGAUUGUCUUAUAACGGGGCGUGGCUUAAAUCAAGAAAGGACUCUCAAACGUGUCGGCGAUACACGAUGGAACUCACAUUAUGGUACGUUGAUUAGUAUCAUUUCUAUGUUCCCAUAUGUGGUGAAUGUGCUUCAAAUGAUUGUUGAUGAUAAUCCUAAUGAUAGUUCGGGUGAAGCCUAUAAGUUAUGGAGAGAAAUACAAUCUUUUGAGUUUGUGUUUCACUUAUUUGUAAUGAAAGCUUUAUUGGGAAUAACAAACACUUUGUCUCUAGCAUUGCAAAAGAAAGAUCAAGACAUUGUGAGUGCAAUGAAUUUAGUGAAAACAUGCAAGGAAAACCUACAGUUGAUGAGGGAUAAUGAGUUUGAAGAAUUGGUUGAGCAAGCAUCUUCGUUUUGUUACAAACAUGAUAUUAUAGUUCCUACCAUGGAUGAGGAAUAUGUAAUUCCGGGGAGAUCACGGCGUAAUGCUCCAAUGAAGACAAAUUAUCAUCGUUAUCGUGUGGAGAUCUUUAUUCAUGUAAUUGAUGGGCAACUUGCGGAAUUAAAUGAUCACUUCAACGAGGUAAGUACUGAGUUACUUACUUGUUUGGCAUGCUUGAGUCCAAAAAAUAACUUUGUGGCUUUUGACAAACGAAAGCUAGUUCGUCUUGCUCAAUUUUAUCCUUAUGAUUUUUCGGAUAGAGACCUAUUGAUGCUUGAAGAUCAACUUGGUGUUUAUGUUCAUCAUAUGCGUUCGAUUAGUGAUUUUUCUCAAUUGGAAGGGAUUAGUAGUCUUGCGGAAAAAAUGGUGGAGAAAGGAAUGCAUGAAAUAUUUCCUUUUGUGUAUUUGCUUCUUACAUUGGCUUUGGUUUUACCGGUUGCAACUGCAUCAGUGGAGAGGGCAUUUUCCGCUAUGAAUAUUAUUAAAAAUCCACUUCGCAACAGAAUGGGAGAUCAAUGGUUGAAUGAUAGCUUGAUUGUUUACAUUGAGAGAGAUGUUUUUGCUUGUAUUGAUAACGAAAUUAUAAUGCAACGUUUUCAGAAUAUGAAAACUCGUCGUGGACAAUUGUAA